AUGAAACAGUUUCAUGAUAACAGACGUAAUAUUAGCAGAGAUAUUGGUAUUUUUGGUACUGUAUCAAUGCGAUAUAUGAUCUCGUCAGCAUUAAACCGUCAUUCAAUUCUAGCUGGACAUGUCAAUGGUUCCAAUCCAGUGCUCACGUUCGAUGGAAGGCCGGAUACGGCGACUGGUGGUUGUGGAUGUGUGACGUACGAUGGCCACGCUGAUACCAAGAACGAGAUGUACAAUCAAUCCGAAAUCGAAAUCAUCUGA